UUGUUUGCAAAAGAAACAAAAUAACAUUAUAUCUCCACCCCUCUCAACAAAAAAAAAAACCAUUAUAUCUCCACUAUUUUGAAGGAGCGAUGAAGAUCUUGGUCUUAACUCCGAACUCAAAAACUCCAUUGAAACGUUGACUUUCACAGCAGCUGCUUGACUCGACUUGGAUCGAGUCAACAUAUUACUCACAGCAAUGUCUGAGAACACUCCUCAAAUGAUAACCUGCAAAGGUAGCUGCUGUAUGUUGGGGACCAGAGGAAUCGGACGUGGCGGUGGAAGAGAUUCAAGUUGACCCGCCAAAAUCAUCGGAAAUUAGACUUAAAAUGUUAUGUGCUAGUCUUUGUCACACUGAUAUCUCAUUCUGCAAAGGCUUUCCAUUCCCUCUUUAUCCCCGAGUUCCUGGUCAUGAAGGCGUCGGAAUUGUGGAGAGUGUUGGUGAUGAAGUGAAAGAGCUAAAGAAAGGAGAUAUGGUAAUUCCAACAUACAUAGGGGAGUGUCAAGAAUGUGAAAAUUGCACAUCAGGGAAGACUAAUUUAUGCUUAAAAUACCCGAUUUCGAUGAGCGGUUUGAUGCUAGAUAGCACAUCAAGAAUGUCAAUUAAAGGCCAGAGAUUAUACCAAUUCUUUUCUUGCUCAACAUGGUCUGAAUAUACUGUUGUUAAUACCAACUAUGUAGUCAAGAUUGAUCCAAGCAUAUCGCCCCCGCACGCUAGCUUGAUCUCUUGUGGUUUUUCAACCGGAUUUGGGGCAGCUUGGAAGAUAGCAAAGGUUGAUAAAGGAUCAAGCGUUGCUGUUUUCGGACUUGGUGCUGUCGGAUUAGGGGCCACUGAGGGUGCAAGGAUAGCUGGGGCAGACAAGAUAAUUGGGGUGGACAAGAAUGUAUGGAAAAAAGAAAAGGGGGAAGCUUUAGGAAUGACUGAUUUUAUAAAUACUAAUGAUUCUGAAAAACCAAUUUCACAAUUGAUUAAAGAUUUAACUGGUGGACUUGGGGUAGAUUAUUGCUUUGAAUGCACUGGAGUUGCUGCUUUCAUGGAUGAGGCCUUGCUAUCAUUGAAAAUGGGAAAGGGAAUAUUAAUUGCAGUUGGUGCAGGAUAUGGUUCAAAAGUGCAGAUUAGUCCUGCACCCAUUUUGUUUGGUGCAACCAUGAAGGGUGGCAUUUUUGGAGGCCUUAAAGUAAAAUCUGAUCUUCCUGCUAUACUUGACAAAUGCAAAAACCAGGAGUUCCACUUGGACGAGCUUUUGACCCAUGAAGUUCCGUUGGCAGAUUUCAGUAAAGCGUUUGAGCUGCUGAAGCAACCAGAUUGUGUCAAGAUUGUCAUUAAAUUUUAAUAUUUGUGUGUUUCAAAGUUCACAAAUUGUUAAAAAUACAAUAAUUUAAUUCUUCUUUUCUUAAAAAUACAAGUUCAUAACGGAUUUUAACACCUAAAACUGAUAGAUUAAUACAUAAAUUAUUAAAUUUAAAAUCUUUCAACAGGCUACAGAAA